AUUGAACUCUUUCCUUCCAAGCCGCGAUCGGACGCCAUUACCACGCCACCGGAUCACGAAUGUGUCAUUAGUGUAUCUUUUGUGUAAUUAAGUUUAUAUUAUCCUAAACGUUUGUGUAUUUGUGUUGUUAGUUUACAAAAAUACAUUAAUCUCAAAAUGUCUGAUGAGAAAAAGGGAGAAAGUGAACACAUCAACUUGAAAGUAUUAGGUCAAGAUAAUGCUAUUGUCCAGUUCAAAAUUAAGAAACACACACCUCUCAGGAAGCUGAUGAAUGCCUACUGUGACAGAGCAGGUCUAUCAAUGCAAGUGGUCCGGUUCAGGUUUGAUGGCCAGCCUAUCAAUGAGAAUGACACACCCACGUCACUGGAGAUGGAAGAGGGAGAUACAAUAGAAGUUUAUCAGCAGCAGACGGGUGGAGCGCCUCUAGUGUAACUUUAUUUUUUAAGGAACUGUCCGAUCCCAAUGUGAAGACCACUGUGGUGUGCCCAUCUCAAAACUUUAACAUUAAGUUAAUUAUAAUAACAACAUUUGUAUUGAACGGAUGUUAAUGAAAUUUUCAGAAUAUAUAUUAUCUGCAGAAAUAAACCCUGAAUUUUGUAUAAACUGAAAAUUUCAUUGUAAUUAAGAAAUUUGAGGAAAACCAAAUGUCUUAGUAACUUUGGAGAAAAUAUUCCAUUGUGAUAAUUAGUUGACAUUUUACAGAAUCAGCCAGUAUUUUUAAACUCUGGCUUAAUUAAGAUAUUUUUUCAUUUCUGUGGUAACUAUAAUUUAUUGGACUCAUGGUCCAUUUCAGUUAUCAAGGUCUGUAAUAGCAACUGAUUUAAUAUCAAAUAAAUGUAAUGAUAAUAUUAUAA